AUGGCUUCACACACGCAAGUCGUCCCCGAGGGGAUGGAGAACUUCGUCGUCGGACUGAUUGGAAUGGGCGACAUGGGCAAGAUGUACGCCGAAAGGCUGUCUGCCGCUGGCUGGAGCGUGGAAGCCGCCGUCAUUGACCGUGUGAUUGCUCAGUAUGGACCAUCUACGAAACUGGGUGCCAUUGUCGGAGGCCAAACCUCGUGCAAAUCUCCUGAGAUCGCCGCUUUCGAGGCCCACCUUCCUUCCGAUGUCGAUAUUAUCUCUUGUCACUCGCUACAUGGACCAAACGUCGACCCGUACAAUCAACCUCUCGUCCUCAUUCAGCACCGCGCUCCAGACUCGGCUCUCCGAAAGGUCGAGGCCGUUCUCAGCUGUCUCCGGUCCAAGUUUGUUCAUCUCACAGCCCGUGAGCAUGACCGUAUCACCGCGGACACACAGGCUGUUACACAUGCCGCUUUUCUAUCUAUGGGCAAGGCAUGGCACGCCAACAAGCAGUUUCCUUGGGAGCUGAGUCGCUACGUUGGCGGUAUCGAGAAUGUCAAGGUCAAUCUCAUGCUGCGCAUCUACAGCCAGAAAUGGCAUGUGUACGCAGGUCUUGCCAUCCUGAACCCUGAAGCUAGGGAGCAGAUUUCCCAGUAUGCCCGAAGCGUCACAGAUCUGUACAAGCUCAUGCUUGAGGGCAACCGGGAGGGCUUCAGGGAGCGAGUUUACCGUGCGCGCGACAAGGUGUUUGGCCCGUCAACAUCAUGGGAUACACGACCUCUCCUCGAGCCGUCCAUUCUGUCGUCCUUCUCUCUUGGCACACCAACAGACGAGCCUCGCCCCAAUAAUCAUCUCUCCAUCCUUGCCAUGGUCGACUGCUGGGCUGCAUUGAACAUCGCACCCUACGAUCAUAUGCUCUGCAGUACCCCUCUGUUUCGUCUGCGCCUUGGUGUAACCGAGUAUCUGUUCCGAAACGAGGACGUGCUGGAAGCCGCGAUUGAGACUGCAAUCGAUGAUAAGACUUACCGCAGUGACGAUCUCGAGUUUACUUUUGCAGCGCGAGCCUGGGCUGAAUGUGUAAACCUAGGACACUUUGAGACGUGGGAGAAGCGGUUUGUGAGUACCCAGGAAUUCUUCGAGCCACGAUUCGAGGAGGCGAAGGUGGUUGGCAAUCAAAUGAUGAAGAAAAUUUUGGAGAAUUCUAAGGAUAAUUAG